GUGUUUGAGUUGCAAACAGUGCAGCGGGGUAGGGAGCUUGGGAUUGGUUUGCUGAUUCCCCCUGGCCACUGGAUCUUACACUCUUUUAUGUAUAUCCAUCCCCAGCUUAAAUCCACCGCCAGACCAUGUGCUCUCCAUGACGGAUGUUCGAUUGCUAAGCUAACGCUGAAUGUCAGAAGACUCUCCUUGGUAGAGCCAAGGGUUGUUGGAAACUCCAACCUAGCCCUCUUAUUUUUUUCUGUGUGUGUGUUCCUCUAGAACUUUCAAACCUGUUUCUCCAAAGGGUUUUGCAGAAACUCAGACUGUUUUCUAAAGCAGAAGCACCUCCGUCCACAGCAGUAGUGAUGGGCAGCGUGCGAACCAACCGCUAUAGCAUCGUUUCCUCAGAAGAGGAUGGCAUGAAGCUGGCAACCAUGGCAGUUGCCAAUGGCUUCGGGAACGGGAAGAGCAAGGUACACACUAGACAGCAGUGCAGGAGCCGCUUCGUCAAGAAAGACGGACACUGCAACGUCCAAUUCAUUAAUGUGGGCGAGAAAGGACAACGUUACCUGGCAGACAUCUUUACCACCUGCGUGGAUAUUCGCUGGAGGUGGAUGCUAGUUAUCUUCUGCCUGGCUUUCAUCCUUUCCUGGCUUUUUUUUGGCUGUGUGUUUUGGCUGAUUGCUCUGUUGCAUGGGGAUCUGGAGGACUCAGGAAACUACAAACCUUGUGUCUCCAAUGUGAACAGCUUCACUGCAGCCUUCCUCUUCUCCAUCGAAACUCAGACAACGAUUGGGUAUGGUUUUAGGUGCGUCACGGACGAGUGCCCCAUUGCAGUCUUCAUGGUGGUUUUCCAGUCUAUCGUAGGCUGCAUCAUUGAUGCCUUCAUCAUUGGGGCUGUCAUGGCAAAGAUGGCUAAACCAAAAAAGAGAAACGAAACUCUAGUCUUCAGUCACAAUGCUGUUGUGGGCCUGAGGGAUGGGAAGCUGUGUUUAAUGUGGCGUGUUGGAAACCUACGGAAAAGCCAUUUGGUAGAGGCACACGUGAGAGCCCAGCUUCUUAAAUCCAGGGUCACCUCCGAAGGAGAAUACAUCCCCUUGGACCAAAUAGACAUCAACGUUGGGUUUGAUAGUGGGAUAGACCGCAUAUUCCUGGUCUCCCCAAUUACAAUAGUCCAUGAAAUAGAUGAACAAAGCCCCUUGUAUGACUACAGUAAGCAAGACAUGGACAAUGCAGACUUUGAAAUUGUAGUAAUAUUAGAGGGCAUGGUGGAAGCUACCGCCAUGACUACCCAGUGCCGUAGUUCAUAUCUGGCAAACGAAAUCCUCUGGGGCCACCGUUAUGAGCCUGUGCUCUUUGAAGAGAAAAACUACUACAAAGUGGACUAUUCUAGGUUCCACAAAACGUACGAAGUGCCCAACACACCCCUUUGUAGUGCCAGAGACUUAGCAGAAAAGAAAUACAUUCUCUCUAAUGCAAAUUCUUUUUGCUAUGAGAAUGAAGUGGCCCUCACUAGCAAAGAAGAGGACGAGAGUGACAAUGGGGUGCCUGAAAGCAUGAGCACAGACACCCUCCCAGACAUGGACCAUCAUAACCAAGCUGGGGUGCCACUAGAACCUAGGCCGUUAAGGCGGGAAUCGGAAAUAUGACUGACUGACUUUUUCUCUGUUAUCUUUUGGUUUAAAAGAAAAAUACGUCGGUCAAAGGCACAGUGAGCUGAGAGUUGGCCCAAAGCCGUUUUCAGACGAUGGUACUGUUGAAGAAAGGCGUGAAGACAAGCGGUCCUGAGGAAACUAAGCCAGUUUUAGGGCUGUCUUUAGAGGAGAGAGAGCUGAAAAUGAACUCUAAACACGAAGCACUAAACAAUGUCUAAGCAUGACCAGAAGGCACAUAUAUAUUGUAGAAUAAAUUAUGUAUAUAUUUUUUUACAAAACUUGAACUUGCAGGCGAGCUUUGGUUGGGUUAUUAUUUUUUUUUUUUCAACUUUUUCCAGAAUGCUUCUCUCUAGGGAACAAGAAUGUUUUUAAUGGCAUAACAAAGGCAAGAAUCUGCCUUAUUAUUAUUAUUAUUAUUAUUAUUAUUGUUAUUAUUUUAAGAAAGCUGCUGCUAACUACAUGGACACAAAUUGUAAUUUUUUUGUGGCAGUGUAGUUUUUUCUUUUGUGUAAUUUAAAAAAAAAAAAGUCAACAUUGAAUUUUGUGGGUUGAAAAGCUCGUGAUCACACUUCAAAGAGGCCAAUGCGGCCGUAUAGUCUGAACUUCGUUUGAGGCCAGUAGUUUGAUAGCUAGAAUCAAUUUUUCUCUCUUUUCAGUUACAUAAGGGGCAUUAUGUAACAUAAGGCCAAUUGGUAGCCUCCAGCAAAAUUUUUUUUCAGGCGGGGAUGGGAGGGAGCUGAGUUUAAUUCUCUAUCUAAAAAUUAAGUUGAAACUACCUAAAUGGAUACCAAAGAAAAUGCACAGUUUUGCACAGGGGAGUUUAUUUAAAUGAAACAGGCUGCUUUAAACAAACAAAAUUUGAACCUCAGACUUUUUUUUUUAAAGGGCCUCAUUUCGCACCUUAUUCAGAAAAUAGAGGGUAAGACUCCGAUCUAAGUAAGCAAGACAUUUUUCCCCCCUCUGUGGGAAAACGAGCUCCCUUUCUUUCUUUUUAUAAGAAGGAAAAGGGGGGGGAGGGGGGAAGCAAACAUCUGUUCUUUCCUGUUUAGCAAAACACCAGCAGGGCUGCAGCAGAAGGUCAAGUGUUGUUCUACACACAUUCCAAAACUGCUUCUAGAACUUAGAGGGCCCUUUUAGAGCUGACCCAGCGUUCUGAGAACUGAGCCAUCAGACAUGCUGCAGGCGGUCAUUACAUUUCCAGUUAAACUAGGCUAAGAGCCAUGCAAAGCUGCUGAUCUGCGCUAGGCUAACUCGGCUGGAGCAGGCAUUUAGGCGUAGGUGAGGCGAGCAACACAUAAAUCCCUGGGGAGGAGGAGGGG